AUGGCUCCUUCAAUCGAGACCCUGGAUCCGACUCCGGCCCCUACGCCUUUAUUCGAAAACAGCAUCAAACAUAUUCAGGGGAAGGCACCUCAAACAAAGAAAUCAAAUGAGAAAGUCUACGUUGAAGAGCUUCUCACAAAAUCUGACGAGAAUUUCGACGCGCAUGACGUCCCAUUCUACCCUCAAUAUGCGAUGAAUCCGCGCAAACUGAAGGUCAUCACAAUUGGAGCUGGAUUUUCAGGUUUGCUUAUUGCGCACAAGUUUCAACAUCGAUUCCCGGAACUACAAGAUUUUGUUGAACAUACUAUUUUCGAAGCCCGGAGUGAUAUUGGAGGAACGUGGUUGGUGAAUACGUACCCUGGUGUGCAGUGCGAUGUGCCUGCUCAUAUUUACGCCUUCCCUUUCGACCCGAAUCCCGAUUGGCCUCAUUUCUACUCUAGCGGUGCCUCAAUUCAAGACUAUAUUAAGAGGACCACUAAGAAGUGGAAUCUAGAUCGCGACGUGCAGCUCAAUACCAAGGUCAUUUCUGCCUAUUGGCAGGAGGAAGAAGGCAAAUGGAAAGUCACGGUUGAGCACGAGGGAAAGCAGCGAGUCGAGUUCUGCGAUAUUUUGAUUUCCGGUCAAGGAAACCUAGUCCAACCCUCUUGGCCAAAGAUUCCCGGUCUACAAGAAUUUAAAGGUCAUAUCACUCACUCAGCAAGAUGGGAUCAUGAUUUUGACUACUCCAACAAGCGCAUUGCGGUCAUCGGAAACGGCUCAUCUGGAAUCCAAAUCGUCCCGCAGAUGACUAAAUUGCCGGGUACUACUGUGCGCAAUUUCAUUCGGGGGCCUGCUUGGGUUUACUAUCGUGUUCCAGCUUCGAAGCAUCUUGGACGAGAUACUGUGGACACGAACCCAGAAUAUUUUGACGAGGAGAAGGAGAAAUUCAGCGACCCGGUUGAACAUAGAGAUUAUCGGAAGGGUAUUAUUCAUCGCACGAACAAGGCAUUCCGUCUGUUCAUCAAAGGGGAAUUCAACCAGGAAACUGUACGCGCCGCUACAGCCCAAAUGGCUGAAAAAUUGAACCAUGAUCCCGAACUAUGCGAAAAGCUUAUUCCCAAAUGGGAAAUUGGCUGUCGGCGUGUGACACCUGGGCCUGGAUAUCUUGAAUCAUUUUCUAAGCCCAACUGCAGUCUCACGAACAGUCCCAUCACGCAAAUCACCGAGAAGGGAGUAGUGACCGCAGAUGGACAAGAGUAUGAGUGUGAUGUCUUGAUAUGUGCGACAGGCUUCGACGUUUCCAAGUGCCCCCAAUACCCCCUCAUCGGGCAAAACGGAGUUAAUCUCGCCGAAAAAUGGAAGUACGAACCCAAUUCGUAUCUUUCGGUUGGCACAAAUGACUUCCCCAACUACUUCCUCAUGGCCGGACCCAACUGUCUUUGCGGUCACGGCUCGCUUGUAGAGUCACUCAACUGGACAGGCGACUACUUCAUGAAAAUGAUCAAGAAGAUUGCCACCGAGGAUAUCAAAUACAUGGUUCCCAAAGCGGCGUCUGUAGAUGCAUUUGGCAAAUAUCAGGCCGAGAUACACAAGACACUGGUCUGGACUGGCUCAUGUUCUUCGUGGUACAAGCGCGGAACUGUCGACGGCAAGGUUACACAUUUGUUUGCGGGUAGUGCCGUUCUUUUCAGAAAGAUGCUUAUGGAGAUUCGUUCUGAGCACUAUGAUAUUGCAUAUAACUCUGGAAACCCGUUUAGAUUCAUGGGUAAUGGGUUUACUGAGUGGGAAAUGAGGGAGGAUGCUGAUUUGGCCUGGUACGUUCAGGUUGCGGACCGCGAGCCGAAGGAAUAUAAGGGAAAUGAUAAGGGUUGGAUUGUCAAAUAG